CGCCGUGUGUUGACUGUUGUCGGAGAGACGCGACUGAUUCAUAUGAGCCCUGCUCUGUCAAACAGGAAGCGACACGGAACAGGUAGCCUACCGAUAGGCAUAUCGAUACAGUUUAAUUUCGACGAUAUGGAAAAGGCAUUGUAGACGACACGGGGGAGACUACAAUGUGACGAGGACAGCAUGAUUUUAUGACGGGACGCCGCACGGAGGGCUUGUUAUUCUGCGCCGAGAGCCGCUGGUUUUGGGGGGAAUCGUUGUGUGAUCUAGUUCCCUAAGAAGCUGCUUGGAUGUGAAGUGGAAAUUGCAUUAAAGACAUUCCAAAGAUGCCCAAGAGGUGGACCGCAGUCACGCGAUGCAGCUGCCUCCCCGCCGUCUUGUGGCUUCUCGUGCUACCCAGGUGUAUAUUGUCGAUCCGCGCCGACAACACCUUCAGCAAGGACGACGUUGUUAGCGCCACUGUGAAUGCCACUGUUCUUGACUCCAAAGGCAAUCCCAAGCUCAUUCUAACCAAGGACGAUGGCAAGUACGGGCAGAAUUCACCGAAAGUGGAUGCAAAGGGAAUCGUGAUUGCUCCUGCACCUUAUAAUGGAGUGGUGGACCGCCAGGGCUGCGACCCCCGAACCCGCUUCCUGGUGCCCCCCCGGACCCUCCACUGGGUGGCGCUGCUGCAACGGGGGAACUGCACCUUCAAGGAGAAGAUCCUGAAGGCCUCUGCCUUCAACGCCUCAGCCGUGCUCAUCUACAACAACAACUCUAAAGAGGACACUGUCAAGAUGGGUCAUGAAGGGGCGGGGGAGACGGUGGCGGUGAUGAUCACCGAGUCGUACGGCCGGGAGAUCCUGGGUCUGCUGGAGAAGAACCUGACGGUGCUGGUGAGCGUGAUGGUGGGCCAGCGCGGCCAGGCCAAGAACAUCAAUCGGGGUUCUCUGGUGUUCGUCUCCAUCUCCUUCAUCGUGCUGAUGAUCAUCUCCUCCGCCUGGCUCAUCUUCUACUUCAUCCAGAAGAUCCGCUACACCAGCGCGCGCGACCGCAGCCAGCGGCGGCUGGGAGAUGCGGCUAAGAAGGCCAUUGGGAAGCUUACUACGAGGACUGUGAAGAAAGGUGACAAGGAGACAGACCCAGACUUCAACCACUGUGCUGUCUGCAUCGAGGGAUACCAGCUAAAUGACGUGGUUCGCAUCCUGCCCUGCAAACAUGUCUUCCACAAGGUGUGUGUGGACCCCUGGCUGAACGAGCACUGUACCUGCCCCAUGUGUAAACUCAACAUCCUCAAAGCCCUGGGCAUCAUGCCCAACCUGCCGUGCGUGGACAACGUAGCGUUCGACAUGGAGCGUCUGAGUCGCAGCCAGACGUCCAGCAGCCAGCGCACGGCUCUGGUGGACCUGUCCAGCGACACUUCUAUCAGCCUGGAGCCCCUCAGCCACCAGGGGGCGCUUCAGGGCCCCGCAGAUCGAGAGCUCACCCCCCACACCGGGGAGAUCAACAUCGCCGUCACCAGUGGUCACUUCUUCAACAGGAGCUCCAUGUCACCGCGGAGCCUUGUCUGUGAGGCGGAGCUGCCUGACAUCCAGGCCUCGCUUGACCUCUACGACGACAACAAGUCAUGAGGGUCAGCGCCAUGGUUACCACUCCCUAACCAAGGGGAUGGAUUAUUUCUUGGAUUGCACACUGGUGACCCUGUGUGUGUGUGUGUGUGUGUGUGUGCGUGUGUAUAUGUGUGUGUGUGUCAGAGGAGUGUGGGUGAUGGCACAUGCAGUAUAUGACAAACCUUUGGAACAUCUACGAUGACAUCAAAUACUUUCUUCCCAUGCAGAAUAUACUCCUACUUGUCCAAAAGAAGAGAAGAAUAUCUGGCUCUAUUCUUCCUUGUUAUAUUAAGUCUUUCCUGAGAGUUAUUUUGUCAGCCUUUUUUCUUGUUAGAAAAUCUUUAGAGAAGGAAGUGAAAACGAAUCCUUCAGUCUUAUUUUGCAGUAUGCUGGUGUAGUGUCUGUUUUAAACAUGAUCUAGAAAUAACCACAGGUUUUUAAUGUACACUUAUUGUACCUUCAGCAUCCUACAUGUAUAUAUGAAUAGAUAAUCGUCGUUUAAUUUGAGCUUCAUUCGCCUCCGCUGUUGUCAGAAUAUGGCUCUUUGUCUGUGAAGGCAGGACCUGCCACUCGGACUGCUCCAGUACUUCCUGGUGGACCAGUCCGGUAUGGUAUUAAUGCUGCCUGAAGAAUGGAGAGGAGGGCAGUGACGCAGGACUUGUUCACGUUUGCCCUCUCUCUCUCUCUCUCUCUCUCUCUCUCUCUCUCUCUCUCUCUGUGUGUCUCUCUCUCUCUCCCUCCUCCUGGUCCCUUCUUCCAGUGACACUGAACGAGAGACUGGAGAACCAGUGGAGCAACGUACAAUGUCUGGAACUUUGUGAAACAGUGUUCCUCUCCUGUAGCGAAACCAUGUUUCUCUGUAGUACAAAAAGGCAUUUUAAUGUGUAUUCAAAACAAAUAUAAUUGACCCUCAGCGUGUAAUAAUCAGACCCUGAUGAGGGGAAUCUAGUAUAUGUAUAUAUAUAUACGGUAUAUACAAUCUAUACAUGAUAUAUCUCUAAAGUGGCCUAUUAAAGCACUGUUCUUGUUUCUUUACUAAAUCUUGUAUGAAUCGGGUGGAAGGGAGUAGUUCUUUUGUGCGUGUUGUUCCUUUGUGUUCUUGUCUUUGUAUCUGAUAUUUGGGACUAUGAUGAUGAGGACCAGGUGUCAUGUGGCCGGGGGCUGAGUCCAACACUGUUUUUGGGUCACUGUGUUUCAUACAGUACUGCCUCAGAAUUAAAAGUAAUUAUUGCCUA